CGCUCGGCCGGCCGCCCUGCGUACGCUGCGCGUGGCGCUCUCGGGAUCGGGCGCCGCAAUCAUGUCGACCGCCAUGAACUUCGGGACCAAGAGUUUCCAGCCGCGGCCGCCGGACAAGGGCAGCUUCCCGCUGGACCACUUCGGUGAAUGUAAAAGCUUUAAAGAGAAAUUCAUGAAGUGUCUCCGAGACAAUAAUUUUGAAAAUGCUUUGUGCCGAAAUCAGUCAAAAGAAUAUUUAGAAUGCAGAAUGAACAGGCAACUGAUGGCUCAAGAGUCAUUGGAGAAACUGGGAUUUGGAGAUUUGAUAGAUGGAAAAUCAGAGGCGAAAAAUGAAUCUUGAUGAGAAGAGCCCUGGGCUGUGUUCAGCGGUCGCCCAGGUUGGAGGACAUUGCCACCUCCUUCAACCCGAGGCCUACGUGGCUGUGCCCCGGCGUGGGCCUUCAGGUGCCGUGAGACGCUCCCGUGGAGUCCAGGCGGACGGUCCCAUGGAGACGCCUCGUCACUAGGGAAGAGGCUUAUCUUGUGAAGCUCCCCAAUUAAUUUCAAGUUAUUACUCCUUUUAGAUCCUCGUUUUCCCGUCAGGGAGGGGUUUGAUCCUUAACCCACACGUGGGACGGGUUCCCAGGGAGGCCGCAGUGGAGGUGCGGCCGCAGCGUGAGUCUGUCGGCCACGGGGACCUGGGCCCUCGUGCGGUGCUGGGUUUGUUUGCAGCACGGAGCAGCUUUUCAACACCAACGUGCGAGAUGUGCACAGACCUCGGUCUGCUCUGUACACGGAGAUUCAGAAAAUAACCUUUCCCUAGCACAACGGGCUUCCUUUUUGUACUCAUAAAUAUAUAUGCCAAUUCAUUUCCUUUCUUAAAAAAACAAAAGGAGAGUACAGAAAAGGAAGUGAGAAAUCACUUGGCUUUGGACAUACUUGACUUCUUGAUUUUUUUUCUGGUUAUGCCUGAAUACCAAAUACCUUUAUAAUCAAAGGGUCAUUUUCUGAUCUGUAUCAGACUGUAUUUAAUAAAGCUAGAUAUUUAAUUCCAGUAACUCAUUUAUUGUAAUUGAAAAACAGAACGUCAGUCUGUUUCCACUUAGCUUACACAGGCCAUCUUCUGCAUCUCACUCUGACAACCCACACUUCUGUGAUGGCCAGCGCGCGCCCGGGGCCCUCAGAGGAUGUGUCUGGCCAGUGGCCUUGCCGUGCAUGGUGUCGUGCUCGGGAAGCACCGCGAGGAUGGCUGCAGACAGGAACUGUCAGUGGGCAAUAAGGUUAGUGGGCGGAGUGACGUGAAGCGGGUGCCUGCCGAGUCUUGGGAGACCCUCAGGGUGCCCAGUGUUUACAAAGCAGCAGGGGUGACGUCCCCGUGGAGGUCGCCUUGGCCAGAGGAGCUAGGCUGAUAACGCAGCGUCAUUUCUAGUUUUCUUGCCCAAAAUGGGUGAUCGGAGGAGACAUCAGACAGACCCAAACUGAGGGACAUUCUACAAAACAAUCGCCAGUCCAUGUCAGCAGUGCUACACGAGAUGUUCUUUGGGGAAGCUGGUCUACAAACUCUUUGCUAGUUUUGCAACUCUUAGGAAGUCUGAAAUUAUUUUGAAAUGGAAAGUUAAAAAAAAUGUUGUAUGGAACUCUUUGUAGUUGAAAUUUCUGUAUACAAAAUUAAGUAAAUUCUUAUUUUGAAAUGAA